CAUUGCUUCACACUUUAUCUUCUCUUGAUUGUUUCCUUUUACUUAAUGCUAAUUAGCAUCACAGCUGCAACAAUAUUCUCUGAUUCAUUGGAACUAUGUCAAAGUCAUUGUAUCGAUCGGAAUUUGGUAGUUCCACUCGCUCGUGGAGCAGUUGACUGGGAUACUUCGGUACUUGAGAUUAGUCUAACCGAACGAAUUAAUGCGUGUCACAGCGGUUGUCAAGAUUUGGAAUCAACAAAUUCAACUUGCUUGGAGCGCUGUGCUAAAUUGGUACCAAUAAACAGCUGUACACAAGGCUGCCGGGCUGUUGCCGAUAUUUUCCUUCACCAUUUGCAAGGCUUGCUGAGUCAUGUGCAAGUUGCGAUCGAAAGCGAUUCAACGAUGGGUGUGAAUACAGUUUGGAGUUUAAGUAGUGAUUAUGGUUCAGUUAUCAGCGACAUAUUGGUGGAUGAUAUACAGUGGGCUGUUCAGAGUCGUCCAGCUAAUACUUCUGCCUCAUGGGAUACUACCCUCUUUGAAAAGGCAUUCAAAAUCGAAACCUUGAAAGCAGCUAUAACCGUACCUUUGGUUUUCGCUGAAGAAAUAGAGCUUCGAUUGUGCAUAUCUUGGCGGACUUACACCAUCGUCUCUCCCACAUAUCUUCUUCCUGUCAACGACACUGAUAAUGCCAAGCCAUCGCCUCCAACAGUUAUUUCACACUUGCAGAUAUCAGCGAAUAGUUUUGCAGUUUGUUGGAAAAGCGCACUAAAGCGUUUGUACAAAAUUUCGUUAUAUUCACUUGAUGAAAGGGAAAUCUCAACAGCACUGGUGGAAAAUACUUGCUAUUUAUUCCAAGGAAUACCCACUGAUGAUUGUUGUCGUGUUGAAAUUGGAUAUGCAAACAUUGAUACUGCUUCUUUAUCCCUUCGAAUUGAUAUUAUUAAUACAGAAGGAAAGCCAGAAUCAGCAGCGCAACUAAUUUUUACGAACGGCACGUCAGUGAUGAAACUCUACGAUAUUGAUGAUUACGCCGUGCUUAGCGAUCCAAAAUUAAUUCCGUUCGAGUUAAAACCUAGCAGAUCUAUUACUGCAUUAUGCUCUGUAUCAGCUGAACGAUUAUUGAUUGCAUUGGAUGAUGGUAGCAUUUACUGGUUAACUACUGGUGAUGAGGUAUUAAGCGGAUUGUUACGAUCACCGGACGGUACAGCAAUUGUGCAUAUGGAUGUUGACCACAUACAAGGCGCUGUAUAUGCCGUUUUGUUUAAGAAAGGAAUCCUGCGGUACAUAUAUUGCAUACUAAAUGGUGGCGAAGUAUUCGCGAUACCAUUGUUUCCAUUGGAUGCUCCACAUAUUCUUCCAUUUUCGGCAACACAAAAAAUGCCUACUCUUGCAUUUGCAAUCGAAGCGGAGCCUCAGAAUUCAAGACUCAUUUCGCUCACCCGAACUGGUUCCAUUUUGGCAAUAAAUAUCAUAAAUCAAUCAGUUGCUGAUCUUCGGCUGAAUAUUGAAGUGAACGAUCUAUAUAACAGCAUUAAAAAGGCUCAUCUUUUUGGGGAACGAUUAUUUUGGACAUCAACUAGUUGUGGUGAUACACAUUUUUGGGAUAGUUGCUUGUACGGCGAAGAAUACGAUGCCGAAAAAAAGAAAAUACAUUUGAAUCGCUAUUUAUAUCCCGGUCGAGUUGUUGAUUUUGUAUUCCUACGUGAUAGCCCAAUGCCAAUAACGAUACCUGUGCCAAGAAAGAUAGGUCUUAUAACAAAUGAUAGUACUGCACGAAUCACAUGGGAAUCUCCAGUAUUACUACCAUUUCAAGCACAAGGUGCAUGGCGUAAUUUGCUUUAUGAAUGCCGCAUAAUUGGUAACGACGAGAAUGGUAGUACCAUGGUGGAAUUUACGCGGCUAUCUGAGACUAGUCUGUUGAUACCGGUUUCUCCCGGUCUUCAGUACCAUGCAUCUGUUCGAGCUUGCAUCAAUACCAUAUGUUCCUCUUAUGCUAAUGCUAUCAAUAAUGCAUUUGCUCCACUCACUGAACCUUUGUUUAUUGCAUUUUGUCAAACGAUCAAUAAUAACAUCAGCUAUUAUGAUAUGCUCGGUGAUCCAAUCGAAAAUUACACACUACCUGGUCCAGUACCGGUAGAUGGAGCAACGAUAUUUGCUUACGAUAAGUUGGUGAAAUCAUUGUAUGUUGCUAAAACGGAAAAGAACACAAUAAUUCGAAUACGCAAUGAUGGUUCUCAUCAACAUUUCUUGGAUUCAGUAACCGUAAAGUUCAUGACAGUAAUGUCUCAUAAUGCACUAGUCGUUGUAGCAUCUGAUUAUUUAAUAGUAUCAUAUCGUUUAACAUCCACAUUCGAUCAAGAAAUUUAUUCCUGCGGAUCUUUUGGUGGAUGUGGUGAAGUAGCGGGUUUAGCUGGUGAUGAUGAAACGGGUGAUAUCUUCUAUCUGAUUCGUUUUUCAAACAAGACAACCAGUUUGUAUGGUCUUAAUCAGGAUGUUCGCACAUCUUAUUUCAUCGCUUCCUCGCAAGAUUUUCCUGUAUUGCGACAAUUAAUUGUUGUUAAAGAGAAACUGAUAUUUAUCACGGAAAUGGGAGAAGUGGGUGUUUGUGAUAAGAAGCUGGUAUUUAAUUUGAAUUCUAUAAAACCAGUCAACUUUAUACGAGCUUUAACGACAGAUGAUAACACUGCAAGAAAUACGCUCACGUGGGACACUGAACCGAAGUUCUUAACAGGAAAAAUCAUUUUUAAAAUUACAUUGUACAAGGAACAUUGGGGUCGAGAACGUUUUGUGGAUUAUUCGUUAUCACAUAGCUAUACGAUAAGUGAUACACUUCUUCAUCAGUGGUCCUCGAAACAAAAGUAUGACGCCGAAGUAGAGGCACUAACUGCUUGGGAUUUGAUAUCAAUAAACCAAACUGGCCUGAUAGCACCAACUAAACCACCAACUCCUCCAACAAACUUAACCAUUUAUGCUACACAACAGAAAACCGUCGAUGGUGCUCGGGCAUUAAUGGAUUUAUUCUGGGAGGAACCGACGGAAUGGAACGGGGAAGCCUUGGGUUAUUUGAUCAAUUGCACAGUGGAUGGUUACAGUGAAUCGAUUGCAGAAGUACCUGCCACAACACGUUUCUACUCUUUUAGUGUAAAAUCGGGAAGUGUUAGUUGUGCUGUGGCAGCUCAUAAUGAACCAAAACUUGAAACAUUUUCGGAAGUUGUUACCAUUGAUAGCAGUGAGUUACGACCACUAGUCCGUUUAUUUGCGAUCGAUUCUAACAACAAUGUAUUUUCAAUCUUAAACUGGUCACCUUCUUCAUCUCAAGUAUCAGCUCGUAUCAAAAGACAGACUUCAUCACUACUGGCAAUCACGGAACAAUCAAUAGCAUAUAUUGGUAAUGACCUGUAUUCGAUAAGAAAAGAUUUCGACUCUGUGCAGCCUUUUCUGCUUCGCCUUGAUCCUAAUAAUGUGGAAAAUAUUCUGCACAAGGUUUCAAUAGGAGGUGAGAUUGGUAAAGUUGACGCAAUGACGUCUGAUUGGGUAGCUAAUCGUUUGUUGUUCGUUUCAACAGCACGUGUCAUGCAAUUACCUCUUGAUGCCAUUCAAAGUCUUUCGGUGAUUACACCACUUCGCAUAAUGAAUCUUUCAUCAGGUGCUGGUGAUGCGAAACAACUACUUUUCGACCCGUUUUCCAACACUGGUUUUUUGCUUACGAAAAAUGGUUCACUUUUUGCAUUGGAUCUCAAUAUGGGUAUGGAAGAAAAUAUGGCGCAUAGGUUAGAAUGUCUGAAAUCAGAAACGAUAUCGUGGAUGAUGACUGAUUUCGCCUGGAAUUUGGCUUCAUUACCGGCGAUUUAUGUACUCACUUGGAAUGGUAUGGUGCGCGUCGAUUUAGCAUCUUCAAAAUGUGACGAAAUUAAAUUUGCAUGGGAAAAGUUUGGAGAAAAAGGACUCAAAUCAAUAUUAUCCUUUGCAAUCGCUGAUAAAUUGUACAUUUUCGUUACUUCCUCCGCACUAGUUGUCUAUGAAUUGGGCUCCUCAACGGCAGCACCAAUCGCCAUCAAUGGCUCACCCCUCAAACAAAUUCUCGUUGCCACACAAUCUACUCAACCAUUUCCGGAGCGGUCUUGUUUUGUCUUACCACCAGCAUCUGAAAUUAAGUUCACUGUGCAGAACGAAGAGCGAAGUGGAGCAUUAAUCUCGGUCAAUGAACCUCAGUUGCCCAAUGUUUGUCCUGGUAUCUCAUUGCCUCCGACGCAAUAUGAAAUCCAUUUCCAGCGAAGAGGGUCUGAUAAAAUUCGCAACAUUCACAGUAUUAGCAAUAUCCUUCAUGUGGAAAAUGGUGUUCUGGAUAAAGAAGCUGAUUACGAUAUAUCGAUUUCAUGGUUUAAUCGUUAUACGCCGGUAUCAGAAGCUAGUGCAAUGCAAAUGCUUCGUACCGGUUACGGUUUUCCAUCAUCACCGCAGGGUCCAGCCGCUUUUGCGUUGACUCCAGAUAUUGUAUUGCUUUACUGGAAAUUACCCGCGAAACUGAAUGCACCAAUUCCUGAAAUUAAAUAUAUGAUAAGUCAGCUUAGUGCGACGCAGCUCUCACCCUCAGCGAUCGGUGCACAACAGUUUGAAGGGACGGAUUAUGCUACUAUGCCAACAGAUGUUGUUUCCUGUCUGAGUGAUCCUUGUUCUGCAAAGAUUUCCAAUCUACGACCCUCUACUGAUUAUAAAUUCUGGGUACGUGCGAUCCACGAAAGUCAUCUAAACAUGCAGUUUGUGGAUGAUACAGAAGGAAGUUCCACAGAAGCAUCAGUUCGCACAAAAGAUAUAGCUGGAACAUUGCGCCUUGAUAAUAUUACUGGUACCACUGUUGUACUGCGAUGGAAUUCGCUGGACCCUGAAUCUUACCCAAAACGUAUAUUCAUCCAGUAUCGAAUCGUGGGAACGAACGCCAUUUGGAAAUCACCGUAUAAUGCAUCAUUCGAAGGUUCUGCAAAAUCAGUGGCUGUGGUUGUACGCUCAUUGCAUUCAGCCACCACUUACGACUAUCGUUUUGCAGCGGAAUAUGUGGAUAGCUAUCGUUAUGCAAAUCAUGAUUAUUCUUACAAUGAAACAUUUUUGCAAGUUUCACAGCAGUUUCGGACAAAACCUGGAACUCCGUCGGCUCCAGCAAGUAUACAUCUUGUUCAGGAAUACAACGAAUGGAUAGUGCGUUGGGAAAAGCCAUUGAACGAUGGUGGUUCGCCGAUUACUUCAUAUGCCCUCGAAUUCAGACCAGAUGAAGAUUCCGAGUGGGAAAUAGCCGAACGAGGACUGGAGGGCGGUUGCUUGUGGUGGAAACCGUUGAGAAUAAAUUUCCUAUCUGAAUGUGCUGAAUUUCGCAUUCGAGCAGCAAAUUCGGAAGGUUUCGGUGCAUAUGCAUAUUCGAGGCAUCACAGUGUAUAUUUUCAACGAAGUGACAGAAGACGCAAUAAAAUUCGAUUGCAAGAUAUAAGCUUGCAUGGUUAUACGAAUUCAAUCAAAAAAAAUAUUUUGUCUCCACAAGUUAUCAAUGAUCUAAAAAUCAUUUCUCGGGUACCGAAAAACAAUAUCAGUCUAUUGCGCAUAAUUGGGAAAGGGAGUUUUGGAGAAGUUUACGAAGGACUUGCAGGUGGAUUACCUCAAUCACCGGCAAAAGCAAUUAGGGUUGCUGUCAAAACUCUAAGAAGCGGAUUUUCUGAAUCAGAUCGGAUGAAAUUUCUUCAGGAAGCAGUUUUAAUGAACAGUUUCGAUCAUCCCAAUAUUGUAAAAUUACUGGGUGUAUCACUCGAAACAGAGCCAUAUUUUCUGAUUAUUGAACUGAUGGAAGGUGGCGACCUUCUUGGAUUUCUUCGUUCCAGCCGUCCAUCUGAUUGUCUCCCGUCACAGCUUUCGUUGUACGAACUAAUAGGAAUGAUGGUUGACAUAGGACGUGGUGCUGCUUAUCUAGAAGUUAAAAAACGCGUACAUCGCGAUCUAGCAGCUAGAAAUUGUCUCAUUUCUUCAAGGAAUUCUAAUACACGAAUUACAAAAAUAGCUGAUUUUGGUCAUGCUCGUGAUAUUUAUACUAACGAUUAUUAUCGUGUACAUGGCGAUGAUUUCAUACCAUUACGAUGGUUGUCACCCGAAUCAAUUAAUGACGGUAUUUUCACAUCAAAAAGUGAUGUAUGGUCAUUCGGUGUACUACUAUGGGAAAUUUUAACUCUCGGACAGCAACCUUUCUCAGGCAAAAAUAAUGUACAGGUGAUGUCCUUUGUGAAGAAUGGUGGGAAGCUAGAGAAACCACAGUUUUGUCCGGAUGAAAUUUUCGCUAUUGUGGAUCGUGCUUGGAUUUACGACCCAGAAGAGCGUCCACAAUUUGCUGACCUUUUGCCGGAACUGGAAGCUUUGCGCGGUUGUCCAUUGUAUCAGGAAGAUACUCCGUAUCCGCCGAACUCUUCAUCACUGAGAAUUGAUUCAAAUUUCGAGCUUUCAUUCAAUUCUAAUAUAAGUCGUGGAGAAAGUGGACGUAGCGGAAGUGUAAGAUUCGAUAAAAGUGAUAAUCCUUCAGCAAAGAAACAGGGCCGCCCAUCAAUUUUGCGCUCACUUCGUAAAGAGCGCCCGAGACUGCCUCCCAGUCUCGCUGAUUUGGAAACCAGUAAUCGAGGGUUCAGGUCAGUGAAUAGCGUUACGAGCGACAUCGAUUCAUUAACACGGGAUUGCGAUGAGGGAUUUGACGAUAGCGCUUUCAUAUCAAGUGACUGCUUUGAAGUGCCGAAAAAGUCGCAUUCCAAGAAACCACAGAUAAAUCGACCAAAACAGCGAGCUCCUGAACCAUCAAACCAUUCUCCUGUGUCGUCAUCAUCGGCGAGUCCUCAUUCUUCUCCCAGAAGCCCGUCAUCGGGUGACAGUGACAUCCCAUCAAUUUACAUUCGACCAGCUCGAGUUAGCCGAGUUUAAAUAAGAUUGAUCAAUUUUGUAUUUCGUGGUUCGGUCUUGAUUUCAAUUUCCGAUCACUUCACCAUUCUUUUUAUUCUUCAUCUUGUUUUGGAUUCCGGGAGUGAAAGAUCAUUAAAAUUAGUGCG